CACCCACCCUGUGGGGCCUGGCAGGGUGGGGUGGGGCUGGCGUCUGAGCAGGACUGUAGCUCACCCAGCCUCUUUCUGGAGUGGAGGAGCCGGCAACUCUCUCUGCCUUGGUUGAGGGGGGCCUCAAAGGCGACGUGGCCAUUCAGCAGGGCUCAGGAGCACCAUGGUUUUAUUAGGGUUUGUGUCUUGGAUGUAAUUAAUGGCCAGGACCUGUGGCUUCUAGGCCUGCUCUUCCCCAGGGAUGGCCUGCGGGUAGGUGUGGUGUUGGCCUGCAGUUGGCCAUGGCCUCCUGGAUCUGAUGGUGUUGGCCUUGUCCCUUCAGCACGACCCUCCUGUGCCUGUGUCAGCCUCCAUAGAGCUCAUCCUGGUGGAGGGUGUGGGGAUGAGUCCAGAAGAGGUGACCAUCUGCAACCACCCUGGCAUCCAGGCGGACCUGCCCCUCAGAGGAGGCUCCGGAUACUUCUUCCUCAACACAAGCACCACAGACAUCAUCAGGGUGGCAUCCCGGGAGGCCAGGACAGUCACCGUGUACAACCACUCCCGUAGGUCAUGAAUGCCCAGGCUCAGCAGUGACCUCCACCCGUGCGAUGGGGACCAGGCUGAAGGACAACCUGACAGAAAAAGUCUAUGCUGUACAGCAAAGUGCACAAAAGUGCUUGAUGAAUUUAAUAUAUGAAAACACCAUGUGCAACCACAAUCUAGGUCAAAUAUUAAACAUUUUGAGCACCCAGAAGAUUCUACCAUUCUUCCUCCUAGCCACAACUUCCCUGAACCCAAAAGUAAUGAUCAUGCUGAUGUCCACCCUCAUGGAUUAGCUGUGCCUGUUCCUAAACUCUGUGUCAGCGGCACAGUACAACAUGUACCUUCUUAUGUCUUUUCUGUGUGAGACUCACCCAUGUUGUCACAUGCAGCUGUAGUUUGUUCUAUUUCAUUGCUGUGCAGUGUUCCAUUCCUUGCGAAUGUUACCACUGAUGUUUCCAUUCCUUUGCUUUGGUCAUUACAAAAUGUGUCAUUUUGUGGGGAUGUGCGCUUUUUGAAACAAAUAGGCUUCAUUUAUGUAGAUUAUACAGUUAUAGGUUUACAGCAAAAUUGAGCUGUGUGAGUCCAGAGUUCCCACAUCCCCCUCCCCUGACAAACACACAGCCUCCCCCACUACCCACAUCUCCCACCAGAGAGGUACGUUUGUUCCACUCAAGGAACCUGCACUGACACAUCAUUGUCAGCCACACUGACUCCUGCCUCAUUAGGGAAUGCUCUUGCUACAUCCCUGAUAACUGUUCUUGCUCUGAACUCUGCUGUGAUCCCUGCUUUCUUCUGAUUAAUGUUAGUGUGAUGUAUUCCUCUCCAUCCAUUUACCAUUUUUUUUUCUUUGAAACAGAGUCUCGCUUU